AUGUCAUCUAAUGGCUUGAUAGCUCCAUUAAGCUCCUCAGGAGACUCUAAAUCAAUGGUAUCAGGCUCCUCAGCUAGCUAUUUAGGUCCAAGAGGAUUAUUCAACAUCACAAGCACCCCUCUCACCAUUGUUCAUCAAGUAGCAAAUCCAACAGACAUCAUAGGUGGCCCAAUUCCAAGCGACGAGCCUCGCACUAAGUCUGAAAGAUCGACUAAGGUGUAUAUAGGUAAAAUUCCUUCUGGACUAAGUGACUAUUUCAUGGAACAGCUCUUUCUAGAAUGCGGGCCUAUCAACAGCUGGCGUAGAGUUCUUGAUUCUUCCGGUAAACCCUUAUUCCCCCUCUGUUAGAGAAUUUUUUUUUUAAAAAUUUGUAGUAAAUUUUUUAUUCAAAAUUUAAAAAACUCAAUUCGAGGUAAUCUUAAAGAAAAAACACUAAUUUAAUUUGUAAAUUUUAUGUUUUAAAAUGCAGAUUAAUUAAAAUUAAAAUGAAUUAGCUAGAGAUUUCGUUAUAGUAAUUAUCACUUACAUAUAUAUAUUUUUUCAUAAAUAUUUUUUAUUAAAUCCAGAGGGUGGGUUUUAGGCCCAAAAUAGGAAUUUUUAAUGAUUUUGUCCAUUCAAGUAGGGGAGUUAGGUUUUGGCUUUGUGGAGUUCCAAACAGUCGAAGGAAUGCUCAGAUGUCUACGUCUAAUGAACGGUCUUUCAAUAAAAAACUCCAAACUUAUAUGCAGAGUUGACAUGCAGACUGAAUUUUUUAUCAAGGAAUGGAGCGAUUUAAAGCGAGCUGACUGGGAGCGUAAAAGGUGGGACAAUAUUAUGGACGUCGACCCAAAUUCAGCAAAAACUUGGGAAGAAGACAUAGUAAAAGAUGAUGAAAAAGUGUCCUAUACGAUACAAACAAGCAUAAGAAACUUUGAGCAAAAUACUGAUGAUGACCCCAGUGAAAGAGAAGCAGAUAAGUAAUUGAUAUUUAGGGAGCACCCAAGAGAAAAAGAAAGGGAAAAAAGAAUACAGGCGAGAAACAGAGACAGAGAGAGGCAGUUUAAAGAUAAAGAAAGAGAGUGGUUAAAGAGAGAAGAAAUCAAAGAAAAAGAGAGAGCAAGAGAGAGGGAAAAAGAAGAAGAGAGGCAGAGGGAAAAAAUAAAGAUGAUGAGGAGAGAUAUGGAAUAUGAAAGCGAUUUAGAAGAAAUUGUCAAGAAAAAAAAAUCUUCUAAAUAUGCAGCAAGAAGAGAAGAGAGGGCAAAACAAAGAGAAAAAGAAAAAGCUGAAGAUGAACUUAAUGCAAGAAAAGAGUUUGAAAUGAUGUUUCCUGGUGUCGCUACUGCAGAAGAAAAGUUAAAACAAGCACAAGAGCUAGAAGAAAGGCAAAGACCUGAAAACGAGCAUGAAUAUACACUGAGAGAGCAUAAAGAUUUAGAAAUUCAUGUUACCUCAAUUGAAGAAUCUAAAGCUCUGCCAGCAAGCACAGCUACAAAAUACUUUAAAGUUGACCAAGAAGACGAGCAAGAUCCACUUUUUAAAAGAAAUAAACCUCUUUCCCUCCCUAUUUCAUUAGAAGAUGAAACUCCAAACCCAAAACCGCCUCAAGAAAUCCUAAUGACUGAAACCGAUUUUGACAAAAAAUUCCAAAGCUACAAGCAGCUUCUUGAAAAAGUGCCAAAAAGACGCUCAGAGCUCUUUACGUUUCCUUUAGCUUGAAAUAGCUUAGCACAAAACAGAAUUUUAGAGAAAAGACUAGGACCAUUUGUAUCCAAAUUAUUUGUGGAAUAUUUAGGACAAGAUGAUAGAAGCCUCGUGCAAAUGGUCAGCAAGAUGGUUGUCAAUAGAGAAACCCCUGAGAAGAUUUUAGGGAAAAUUGAGAAGUUCUUAGAUGUGGAAGCAGAUGUAAGGGAUAUUUAGGCUUUUGUUAAGAGAAUGUGGAGAAUGUUGGUUUUUGAGCAUCUCAAACUUGAGGUCUCACAUGCGAUUUCUUAUAGCGCUUUCCCGAGGAUGACGCGGAAUGGCGCCAUCCUCGGGAAAGUCAACUAAGCAUCUACACGGGAACUGGGAGUUCCACGUGUGGAUGCCAUUUUUGACAUGUGGGAUCCAAACUUCCACAUGUCAAAAUGGCAUCCCCACGUGGAACUCCCAGUUCCCGUGUGGAUGCCUUCCUGGCUUUCCCGAGGAUGGCGCCAUUCCGCGCCAUCCUCGGGAAAGCGCUAUAG